AUGGAUGUGAGGGAGAUCAUUCAAAAUGUAUUUGGCGAAGAAUAUAAAAAAAGUGAACUUCAAGAUCUUUCAAAGGCCGUUGACUCGGAUCAGGAAAUGAAAUUAAUUGAUGACCUUAAUGCUUGGCUUAAGGUUUUUUUAAGGCAGGAAGGAUCAGCUGGAUAUGUCGCGCCUCCUGAUGUUAGGGAUGGACGUUUGGGUCCUGCUUUGGUUCGUUUUGACACUACUGCACAUUCUGGUCUAUUCAUGAUAAGUCCAGACAGACUCAACGUGCAGUCUCAAAGCAACUUUGCCUCAAUCAAAGCCAAUGUUUGUGUUUUUUCUGGAAAAUGGCAAUUUGAAGUACAACUUGGAACCAAAGGAGUCAUGCAAGUCGGUUGGUGUACAUCUAAAUGUCGAUUUUCUCAAGAUGCAGGAGUUGGUGAUACCAUCAACUCAUAUGCUUUUGAUGGAAACAGAAUUAGAAAAUGGAAUGUUUCGACCUCGAAGUAUGGACAAGCUUGGCUGAGUGGUGAUAUUAUUGGAUCUUGCAUAGAUCUUAAUAAAGGAACAGUGCAUUUCUUGAGAAACGGUGUAAAUAUGGGAGUAGCAUUCGAUUCCUUAAUUCUAGGGCCUGGUAUAAGUUUUUUUCCAGCCGUUUCUUUGGCUUACAAUGACAACCUUUGCGCAAAUUUUGGAGGAACACCGUUGCGCUAUCCAGAAGAAGAUUACCAGCCACUACAAGCACCUCCUCAUGCAGAUAUAAUUAAAGCUAAUUUUCUCUUGAAAUAUUUGAUGAAAUUGAUAUCUUUGUCUGACCAAAUGCAAAAUGGGAAAGAUACUAGUACUUCAGUGUCUUUGUUGUCGAAGGAUGCUGUGUAUAUGAGAAUUUCUUCUGUUAUAAUGGAGAAUUUAGGACCAUUAUUGACAGACAGUUAUAUUGUGGCGGAUUGUCUUGUACCUACACUACUUUCCAUAAGUAAAAACGGCAAAAAUAAUAACAGCAAAAAAGUUCCUACUACUAAUCGUCGAUUAUUAGCCCUCUUUGAUACCUUCUGGUCAUUCUGUGAGGAGCAUGAAAUGGGAAAAUGUAUCGACAACAUGUUUCAAUGCAUAUUAUGUACUUACAAACAAGUUUCUAAAAAUCUCAAAUUCGAUCAACAAAAAACGAGUUUAUCUCUACUCUGCGAAGUGCUAAAACACGAACAAACCAGGAAAUUUAUGCUGAUGAAUCUUCUUUUUCGAAAAAUUGGAUUUGCAAAUUUCAUGCAUCUCAAACCACUUGAUGAACCGAAUCUGGCGGAUGUUGUUCCCGAUGCUUGGUGGCCAUCAAAUUCACCAGAUCCUGAACGUGAUCGAUAUAAGAAAUCGUAUAUGGAAUCUGUGCAAAGAAUCCGAGAAGCUACUUCUAGUUUAGAAGAGAUGCAAGUGGAAAUGCUUCUGCUUCUUUUAGAUAAUUCAGAUGGUACUAAGACUGAUCCAUCUUCCAGAAAAAUCUUCACAAUGAGAUUUCGUAGAUACGUUCAUGAUCAUUUGAUCAAUAGCAAGUUUCCGCCUCCAGUUUCCUUGUGCACAUUUCAUAGACUUUUGACAGCCCUGGUAAGAAUUUGGACAAGAGAAGAAGAAUCUGAACCCAAAAAACGACGUACGGAACCACAUAUACCAAGUCGCUUAUUUUAUGAUGGCAGUGUCGAAUAUUAUGGAAUUGAUCGUUUAGGAGGUGUAUUAUCACAUAUUAGAAAAGUAUUUAGAGCGGAUCUAAUAGAACAAUUAGGGAAUGAACACCCGACGCUUGUAAAUGCAGAAAACCCAGUCCAAGAUCCUGAUCUAGACGAUAUGAGUGAGUCCGAUAUUAUGGAUGCCGCUCUCGGCCUUUUUCUCGCAGGGCCAUCCGGACAACCGAUGGCCAACUCCGACACUCCGGUCUUUCCGGCACUUGCCAGGGCCAUGAACCAACCAAGUGCACAACUUCUAUUAUCCAGAUUGGCGCACAAUACAGGAGCCUCAAGGGGGGCCAGCAAUCCUAUAAGUCCAGGGCCUAUAGACGCCAGGGCAUCGCGAUAUGAAAUUUUGGAUGGAAUCAUCAUGUAUUACCAUGCUCUUGCACAUCGGCAAUUGACCAAGAUCGGCGAUUUGAGAGAUCAUCAGGCCGAACUAUCAGCUGCGUUGAAGGAUGCUCGUGAUAGACAGCAAUUUGUUCACCGGGAAAUGCUUGCUGGCUUGCAGGCUUCUGAAAAAAACAAUGGAACAACAGUUGAAUCUGCAAUUCGAGAUCAGAAGACUGAAAAGGUUGACGACUAUGAAACAGCUAGUGAAGUUCUGGCCAUUCUUCAAGAAUCUGAACGUGUUUUCAUUAAGCGACUUGAAGAAUUAUCCCGACAAUUGGCAUGGACGCGUUCUCUAACAACGUCGCCUUUACGUAGACGUGAUAUAUGCUUGGCGACUUCUAUCGUUUUGGCAGCCCUGCAAGAUGCUGCUGCCAAUAAAGGUCAACUAUUUGCCUUCGUGCCCGAUUUUUACGUGGAAGCCUUAUGCCAAUUGACAUCUGCUGUCCGAGACUUAGGCCAUGCAAAUCAACCAAAGCCGAAAGAUUUAGAAGAAUAUGUUCCACUGUUAGAAGGAGUGGCAUCUUGGCUUUGCAUGUACUUUUCUGACCCCAGAGUGAUUCUGGCUGGUUCCAAAGACAGUCUGGUUCAAGGCCUUGGUUCUUUGGCUAUGUGUCCAACUUCUUUGAGGGCUAUGGAGCGAGUACCAGUAGAAUGUCGUGUCAGCAUGGUGAGAUCCCUCCUUCGUCCAUAUGAAAAUCGCGCUUGGGCGCAGAGCAAUUGGCUUCUUGUACGUUUUUGGCAGGGACGUGGUUUUGCAUUUCGUGAAGCCAGAGCACCUGAAGGAUUUUUGGCCCCACCAUGUCCAUCAGAAGUGUUUCAAACACAUGUUGGAGAAUUAUUAAAACAAGAACAAUUGGCUACUUCAUUUAUAAACUCGGUUUUGAAUCAACUGAACUGGGCGUUUUCCGAAUUUAUUGGAAUGCUACAGGAGAUUCAAAAUAUUUCUCUUCGUCCUGAACGUGUUUACAUAGAAUCUCGUCAGCUUAAAAUAUGCGCCACUUGCUUUGAAUUAACAGUUUCUCUUCUGAGAGUCGUGGAAAUGGUGACACAUGUGGCACCGCAAGUGUUUUUAGAUCAAACUUUGCCAGCAAGUGAUUUACUUUUAUCUAGAUUAUUACAGUUGAUCUGCCAAAUAUUGAAUCGUGUAAGUAGUGCAUCAGGAUGCUUUCAACAUGCAGUAGGUCUAAGUCUUCCUGAUUUAGGAGUCGUUGGUCACUUCUCAAUAUUAUCAGCGGCUGUUGGAGUUCUCUUAGGAUUGUUGAAUGGAGAGAUUCUCGCCAAAGAUUCAGCAAUGCCGCAAGUACCUCGUGUUUGUCGGGCCUUACUGACCGAACCUUCAUUUCAAAUGAGUUCUUUGAAAUUCACUUUAGGUCUUGUCCCGCUGCCACCAAAUGUGCCGCCUCCAGUGGAGACAUUUUCUUUCAGCAAUUUUCCUAAUAGUGUAAGCGUAAGUGAAUUAACACAGCUACACAAAGUCCUCGAUUUCCUGGAAGAAUACCAAAAUUUACUGAGUGCAUCCACAAUUUUGGGCGAUGAUGUUGCCUGUCCAAUUUGUUACGCAAGACCCCUCAGUGCCUCUUUUUCACCCUGCGGACACAUGUCCUGCGCUGCAUGCAUAGCUCAUCAUCUAAUGAAUUCACGAAAAUGUUUCUUCUGCAUGGCCCGAAUUGAUAAAGUAUACGAUCUUCAAGGUGCCGUUUUGCAUGUUCUUCCUGCUUCUUGA